CAGAGGGCUGUGCGUGUGGUUGGAUGUCAGUAGGAUGUGGAUGUGUCAAGUCUGAAGGACGCCGGGUCACAGCCCCAGCAAGAUGAGGUGGUGGUCUUGGGACAGGCUGAGUCAGGAGAGGUCAAGGGAAGAUGGAGACUGCGAGGAGGACGGGGGUCGUGCAGGGGGAGGCCCAGGCCGUUAGGGCCGGGUAGACCUCAGUGAGGGGUAUGGGUCAUAUCUGGAGCAGCACAGGAAGUUUCUGGAGAGGACAGAGCCCUGGGCCCGCUGUCCGGGUCAGCUGCUGGCUCGUGGUGUUACAUAUUCACCACCUGGGUUUCCAACAACUGUGACUCCGUUUUUGUGAAUGGGAAGGAAAUGAAGAGCAAAGUGGACACAAUUGUGAACUUCACCCACCAGCACUUCACCUCCCAGUUUGAGGUCACUGUGUGGGCGCCCAGACUCCCCCUGCAGAUUGAGAUCUCGGACACGGAGCUGAGCCAGGUCAAGGGCUGGAGGAUCCCGGUGGCCUCCAACCACAGAAGGCCCACCCGGGAGAGUGACGACGAGGAAGAGGAGGAGAAGAAGGGGCGCGGGUGUUCUCUGCAGUACCAGCACGCCACGGUGCGCGUCCUCACCCAGUUUGUGGCCGAGUCGCCUGACGUGGGUCAGCUGACCUACAUGCUCGGCCCCGACUGGCAGUUCGACAUCACCGACCUGGUGACCGAGUUCAUGAAGGUGGAGGAGCCGAAAGUCGCUCAAUUACAGGAUGGCAGGACCCUGGUGGGUCGGGAGCCAGGAAUAACCACCGUGCAGGUGCUCUCGCCUCUCUCGGACUCCAUACUGGCUGAGAAGACAGUGAUCGUCCUGGACGACCGAGUCACCAUCGCAGAGCUGGGAGUGCAGCUCGUGGCUGGCGUCUCUCUGUCCCUGCAGCCUCACCGAGCAGACAAAAGGGCCAUCGUGUCCACAGCAGCUGCCCAGGAUGUUCUUCAGUUCCCACAGCAGGAAGCCAUAGUUAGUUCUUGGAUUUUGUUCAGUGAUGGUUCGGUGACACCUUUAGACAUUUACGACCCCAAGGAUUAUUCAGUUACUGUGUCGUCACUGGAUGAAAUGGUGGUGUCUGUCCAGGCAAACCUGGAGUCUAAGUGGCCGGUUGUGGUUGCAGAGGGAGAAGGACAAGGGCCUCUGAUUAAGUUAGAGAUGAUGAUCAGUGAGCCUUGUCAGAAGACCAAGAGGAAGAGUGUGCUUGCUGUGGGGAAAGGAAACGUCAAGGUCAAAUUUGAACCAAGUACUGAUGAGCACCAUGGAGGCACCAAUGACAUUGAGGGCAUAAGUCGGGACUAUAAAGACCACCUCGGUAAUUCCAUAGAGCGGGAAGGAAACCAGGAGAGAGCAGUUCAGGAAUGGUUCCAGCAUGGCGCAUCUAUCGGCCACGAGGAGAGUGCCAACAAAAGCACAACCCCACAGUCUCCCAUGGGAGGAAGGAACAAGAAGUUACUCAAGAGUGGUAGUCCAGACACCUUCACGAGCUUCCCCACUCAAGGGAAGUUACCGGAGCCCAAUAAUCCUAGUGACCUCACGGUGACCUCAAGGGGGUUGACGGACUUGGAGAUUGGCAUGUACGCCCUGCUCUGCGUCUUCUGCCUGGCCAUCCUGGUCUUCUUGAUCAACUGUGUGGCGUUUGCUUGGAAGUAUCGACACAAAAGGUUUGCUGUGAGCGAGCAGGGCAACAUCCCCCAUUCCCACGACUGGGUCUGGCUGGGCAAUGAAGUGGAGCUCCUGGAGAACCCCGUCGACAUCACACUCCCGUCGGAGGAGUGCACCACCAUGAUCGACAGGGGGCUGCAGUUCGAGGAGAGGAACUUCCUUCUGAACGGCAGUUCCCAGAAGACUUUUCAUAGUCAGCUGCUCAGGCCCUCUGACUAUGUCUAUGAGAAAGAAACUAAAAUUGAACCUAUAAGUUCUUCGGGCCCAAAGAGGAAGAGAGUCAAGUUUACUUCCUACACCACCAUCCUCCCAGAGGACGGCGGCCCGUACACCAACUCCAUCCUGUAUGACAGCGAUGACAACAUCAAGUGGGUCUGCCAAGAUAUGGGGCUGGGGGACUCGCAGGACUUUAGGGACUAUAUGGAAAGACUGCAAGACCAGAUGUAAACUCCUUUCUUAUGUUUGUAUUCACCUUUAUGCCUUCUGUUUUUUGAAUGGUGGAGCAGUGAGUUUGAUCAGCAAUAGGGGAUGAUUUAACAAAUUUGCUGUGUGGAGGUCUGGUGGGAUCCCUUUCUAAGCAGGCACCAGAGGUCCGAGAGCUAUUGCAGCCAGGCGUUCAGCCGGGAAAUGCCUCCGAACAGCCACGUGUAGGGACUGGAGAACUUCUAAGACAACUGUUUUACCGACUGCCUGGUUCUAGCUCAGUGCAAAUAUAAUAAACCUGACCCCACAGACAUUGUUAGUCAUCUUGCGACAAAUGGCCAUGUGGAAUUAGAAAAGAUUUGGAUGUUGAUUUUUCUAUUCCUAGACCUUUUAAAGCACAGUGGACACUUAAUUGCCCUUGGCCUGAGUUUAGACAUACAUGAAAGAUGACUGAAUGUAGCUAUCCUUAUUUGUUAAGAGCGCUGCUCAUUAUUUUUAUACACAUUUGCUCCUGCACCUGUUCCUUUGACCUCUGGAAUUCUUUUUGAAACACAAAGAGAAGAAAUUUCAGUCUUUUCUUUGAGAUCUGUUUGAUUUACAUAUAUGAGUUUCAUUCCCUGGGAUUUGCCAUGUCAUGUUAUUUCCUGGGUCUCCACACAGGAUGUCAGGUUUUUCCAGUUUUCUGCGCUUCGUUGUUUAGGGACAGUACCUAAGAAGCUUAUUCUUACUUUGUUUUUCCUUUCUUUUGUUGUUGAACUUUCUUGUAUAAGACUUGGACAAGGGGUUUUACUUAAAAUGUUAAUAUACUGUGAGGGAGGGCCAUCUCUUUACAGUUUUCUACAUGAAGUUUCAAAAAUUUGGAGAAAAGUUGUGAAUCGCAAAC